AUGGAUAUCAAAAGAGAGAGCAUCAACUUGAAGACAGUAGACCUCAAUCCACUUUCCACUGACGUGAAUGGCAAAAUUCCCACUCAUUUCAAUGGUGGAGGAUUUGGGCUCUUUGCCAGCAAUUAUAUUUUGGAUGAAUUUAACUUCCAUUUAUUAGAAGCUCAUCAUAUUGAGGCGGCUUUCACAGACAAAGGAUCUGAAGCAGCUCUGGCCAAACAAGAGAACCGGCUAGGAGAUGAGAUUUUUAAGUACAAAAAGACACUGUGUAGGAACUGCUGUAAUCAAAUAUAUAUAUAUUUUUUUCUUUUCCUCUUCUUGCAGAUCCGUGCUGGAUCAAGAGUGUUGUACAGACCAAUUUCAGCAUCUGUGUUUUCUAGGCCAGAGGUCAGGACUGGAGAGGGCAACUCAACACUUAAUGGGGCCCAAAACACUGUCUCCCAACUAGCACUUAGAGGAUUCCAGACUAGUGCUAUCAGCAGAGACAUUGACACUGCUGCCAAAUUCAUUGGUGCUGGAGCUGCCACAGUAGGUGUGGCUGGUUCUGGUGCUGGUAUUGGAACAGUCUUCGGUAGUCUAAUCAUUGGUUAUGCCAGAAACCCUUCUCUGAAGCAGCAGCUGUUCUCAUAUGCUAUCCUGGGAUUUGCCCUGUCUGAAGCUAUGGGUCUCUUCUGUCUGAUGGUUGCUUUCUUGAUCCUAUUUGCCAUGUGAAUGGAGAUCUGCCUGUAAUAUUGGCAUUGGAAUGUAAUACUGCAUAUUUUAUGGGACUCCCAAAAUGUUGGUGUCAUGGAAAUUGACACUAUUUCCAAAGUCAUUUCAUUAAAGAUAACAACUUUAACUGUCAA